AUGGAUGAGAACGGCCCAGCCCUGGGGUCAGUCCUUAUGGCGAAAGGUACUCGCAGCCCUCCAGCCACGACUCAGCUUCGGUAUUCGGGCCUCUACGGAGUCGGCGCGAUAGACGUCGAGGUUCCUGUCCGCACGCCUCGAAAGACCAGCGAUCACGCCUUCAAAAGCAGCGGGAAGCCAGCAUUCGAAUUCGAAACGGUGCUCUUCACGCUUUACUACCCAGCGGAAAAGGGUUCCAGGGGUAUCAGUCACCAUUACUGGAUUCCUAAACCCAUCAGCAUCACCGCGGAGGGAUAUGCAAGGGCCGCGCACUUUAACAACUUCAUCUCGCGGCCAAUCUUCACCUUUGCUCUAUGGGCCAUCGCGGGGACCAUCAAGAUUCCUGCACAGGUCGACGUCCCUCUGCUUUCAUCAAUCAACGCUAAGGGCAAGGAGCAGUUCCCUGUCGUGGUCCUGUCACACGGCCAAGCCAGCUCCCGGACGGACUACACGCACUACUGCGGCGAACUCGCAAGCCUUGGCGUCGUUGUCGCCGCCAUCGAACAUCGCGACGGCAGCGGUCCGGGAUCUAUCGUGACGACCAAGGAUGGUAAGGAACGUAGAGUUAUGUAUAUGAACAAGAAGGAACUCCAAGCUGGCAAGGAGAUGGACUCAGACGAUUUCAAGUUUAAGCAGCUCGCCUUCCGACAGGCGGAGAUAGAAGAGAUCAUCGCCGUUUUACAGUCCUUGCACGCAGGAAAGGGGUCUACAGUGUUCGCGAACAACGCGCGUAAAGAAGGCCGUGACCUCGCGGAGUGGGAGGGCAGGCUCAACUUUUCCCAGACCGUCAUUGCGGGCCAUUCUUUCGGGGCAGCAGGCGCCCUCCAAGUCCUCAAAGGCGCCACCUCGAACAAGAACCCAGCCGUCGGCGGUAUCAUCCUAGAUCCCGGCAAGAGCAGCGGCAAGCUGAAUACCGACAUUGACGUCCCGAUUCUCAUCAUCCAUUCCGACUCGUGGUCCAAGAAGCUUACAAUGUUCUUCGGAAGGCCGCACUUCGACACCGUCAGGGACAUCGCCAGGGACGUGCUCAAGCGCGUAGGCUCGAGUUGGUUUCUGACGAGCUUGCAGACGAGUCAUCCGAGUGUCACUGAUGCGCCGUUGAUUGAGCCAUUACUUCUGCGCUGGACGACGGGGGCAACGAUUGAUGUGCAUCAGGGUUUGAAGGAGUACGUCAGAGUGUCUAUGGAGUUUGUGGACUUCUUGAGGAACGGGUCGAGGGAGGGUGUGUUAUCUGAAGGGGUCACACACGAAGAGUAUGGGAAGGAUACAAUGAGUGAUGAGCAAAAGAGGAAGAUACCCAAGGAGACGACCAAGUACUGGCAGAUUCACGUCGCCCCUCCUUAUGAAGAGUAG